UUUCCCAUGAUACAUUGCGGUUUUGAUCCUCUCGAACACGGCCAUGGACUACUAGCUACAUCACAGUAUAACAUCAGAUAUUGCUAUUCUAAACUCUCUGCUUUGAGUUCUACAGAUUUGUUAGCUGUUUAGUUGUAUGUUUUAGUUUAUUUAGCUUUAUAUGAAAACACCAUGUCUGUGGCGUUUGCACCUCACAGACAACGUGGAAAGGGUGAUAUAACACCCGCUGGAAUUCAAAAGGUAGCUAAUUCAUCUUUAUCACGCACUGCAACAGAAUGGAGGCGGAUAGCACCAGCUGCUGUUGCUAGCUAACUAGCCUAGCCAGCGGCCAGGUCGAACUGUAAAGAGGGAAAUAGAUAGUAACAAUGUUGCUUGGGUAAAGCGCGGUCAAUAUGAACUUCGCGGGAGUAGGAAAAUAAUCUAAAAAUAACUAACAUGUUUAGUCGAUUCGAUGGACUAACAUUGAAUUUGUUACUAAUAUGAAUGGAGGCAUAGGCUAGGGUUUUCUUAGCUAGUUGGAUUGUUAGCGUCUUUUGUUAGCCAGGCACGCACAGAACAGGACUACUAGUAACUAUGACAUUGAUUCUAGCUAGCUAACGUUAGCUAGGUAGUAGUUAGGUAGCUAACGUUGGAGAGAAAGGCAAAAGACCGGUUGAACAGCUAGCUACGAUGUUGCCAUCAACGUCAUGUAUUACUGUACUUUCAAAUAACAUAUAAUGAUUCCAUGAGUAGUCUACAUUGGAAUGGGACAACAGUUUGUCCUGCUGAAGUUCAACCAGUCAAUACAAGCAGCAUUGUUUCCAUGCAUGUUUCCAAUCCCCUUAACAUUGUAUUUAGGCUACUGUAUUCUCUCAUAUGUAACAGGUCAGAUUGCAAACAUUACUGGAUAGGAAGAUACAGUUGUCUGUUUUCUAUAGGCCUAUCCCAAAAAAAAUCAGUUUUCUUCCAGUUUUGCUCUGUCAUGUUUCAGUUACUGGAUGAGAACAAUCAGCUGAUUCAAUGUAUAAUGGACUUCCAGAGCAAAGGAAAGACAGCAGAAUGUUCACAGUAAGUUAUCCGUUAUGUACAAAAGCUCCAUACCUGAUGGGCUUUCAGGUUGCACACUAUCAUGCAUCUAAGUUUUUGGCCCAUCUCCCUGUCUUUUAAAUGAUAAAAUUUGUUUCAUGUUCUUUCUGUCAAAAGGUACCAGCAAAUGCUCCACAGAAAUUUGGUUUACCUGGCCACGAUAGCAGACUCCAAUCAGAACAUGCAGUCUCUGCUCCCUGCUGUGAGUAUGGUUCCAGGGCGAAGGGCAGUGAUUUUACAACAACAGGGACAUAGGUGCUGAUUCACUCCGACACAUUUUUGCCAGAGAGAAAACAUGAAGCUUACAAGAUUUCAUCAAGUUGUACAGAUACUGUACAAUUUCAAAGAAGGUGUUGUUAUUGGCUCCGAUAGUUCAAAGAUUGUGGUCAGUUAUGUCAAAUCCUGAACCAAGCAUAGACUAGUAUUUUUUUAUUGCCCCCAACAUGACUCUCUAUUUGAAGGUGUCUAAUAAUACCCUCUCCAUAAUAUUCCCUUCACCAUCUGAUAUUAUUAUAAUAAUAAUAAUAAUAUAUAGGCCUAGAUCAUGACUUGACAUAAGGGCAUAGACAGGCAACAACAGAGCUAUGCUGCAAUUAAAGAAUACCCUCUAUAUAUACAUUACACUGCUAGUCAGAAAUUCCACUAGAUACGUCAAGUACAGGAAAUUAAACCAGAAUACGGGUUACCCUUUCCCUUUUGCUUGUAUAUCUACCGCUGUCAAGCUCUGACGAUAUAUUUUGUGGUGCAUGUGAGAUUGACUGUAAUAAUAUGAUAUGCCUCAUAUGCCACCCAAAUGCAAGCUUGCCCGGUCUCCCCUAUUGUUGGACAAAGGGGAGGUGUAUAAUGUUCACCUAGAUGCUCUGUACUUGAUUUCAGAAGUGUGACUCCCCUACUCCCCCAGAGGUAAAGCUUGAAGUGAGUAUGGAAGGAGAAGUGGUGUUUGAAUAAUGGUAGUUGUGAUAGGGUGUCUUGGUUCACACAAUAUUCAUACUGUGUAUUUCAGGCUAUGUACCAUAAAUAUACAAACAGGGUGUUUUAUUGUGACACGUCACACCUCUGAGACACAUUGCUGGUAAUAGGCUAAUUGAUGGCCUUUACAAUAGUAUGAGAUAGUGUAAUGUAAUGGUAUACUCUGUUGAUAGGCCGAUUACUUGUUGCUUCAAUCUGGCGCUGUGAAAUAGUGGAUAGAUUAACAUGUCAUAUCCAGAGAUUAUACUGUGCAUUCGGAAAGUAUUAAGACCCCUUCAGUUUUUCUACAUUUUGUUACGUUACAGAUCCUCUCAAGCUCUGUCCGGUUGGAUGGGGAGCGUCGCUGCACAGCUAAUUUCAGGUCUCUCCAGAGAUAUUCGAUCGGGUUCAAGUCCGGGCUCUGGCAGGGCCACUCAAGGACAUUCAGAGACUUGUCAUGAAACCACUCCUGCGUUGUCUUGGCUGUGUGCUUAGGCUCGUUGUCCUGUUGUGAAGGUGAACCUUCGCCCCAGUCUGAGGUCUUGAGCGCUCUGGAGCAGGUUUUCAUCUACGAUCUUGCUGUACUUUGCUCCGUUCAUCUUUCCCUCGAUCCUGAGUAGUCUCCCAGUCCCUGCCGCUGAAAAACAUCCUCACAGCAUGCUGCUGCCACCACAAUGCUGUACCAUAGGGAUGGUAUUGGCCAGGUGAUGAGCGGUGCCUGGUGUCCUCCAGACGUGACGCUUGGCAUUCAGACCGAAGAGUUCAAUCUUGGUUUCAUCCGACCAAAUAAUCUUGUUUCUCAUGGUCUGUCCUUUAGGUGCCUUUUGGCAAACUCCAAGUGGGCUGUCAUGUGCCUUUUACUGAGGAGUGGCCUCCGUCUGGCCACUCUACCAUAAAGGCCUGAUUGGUGGAGUUCUGCAGAGAUGGUUGUCCUUCUGGAAGGUUCUCCCAUCUCCACAGAGGAACUCUGGAGCUCUGUCAGAGUGAACAUUGGGUUCUUGGUCUCCUCCCUGACCAAGGACCUUCUCCCCCGAUUGCUCAGUUUAGCCAGGCGGCCAGCUCUAGGAAGAGUCUUGGUUGUUCCAAACUUCUUCCAUUUAAGAAUGAUGGAGGCCACUGUGUUCUUGGGGACCUUCAAUGCUGUAGACAUUUUUUGGUACCCUUCCCCAGAUCUGUGCCUCGACACAAUCCUGUCUCGGAGUUCUACGGACAAUUCCUUCGACCUCAUGGCUUAGUUUUUGCUCUGACAUGCACUGUCAACUGUGGGACCUUUAUAUAGACAGGUGUGUGCCUUUCCAAAUCAUGUCCAAUCAAUUGAAUUUGCCACAUGUGGACUCCAAUCAAGUUGUAGAAACAUCUCAAGGAUGAUCAAUGGAAACAGGAUGCAGCUAAGCUCAAUUUCGAGUCUCAUAGCAAAGCAUCUGAAUACUUAUGUAAGCUAUAUCUAUUUUUUGUGCAAAAAUGUCUAAAAACCUGUUUUCGCUUUGUCAUUAUGUGUGUAUUGUGUGUAGAUUGAUGAGGGGGAAAAAUUAUUUAAUCUCUUUUAGAAUAAGGCUGAAACGUAACAAAAUGUGGAAAAGGUGAAGGGGUCUGAAUACUUUCUGAAUGCACUGUAUAUCCAGAGAUGUCAUGUCCACAGAAAGAUGAGGCCUGAGUCUUUUAAUUCUGUACCUUCAACAGCAUUUGCUUUUAUUUUGAACGUGAUCGUUUCUGAUCCUUCUUUUUUUAAGAUUGCAUGGUCAUCCAUCCAUCCUUCCUCUCUCCCCCCUUUCUCACAUGGCUCAGAUAUGUAUCUUAACACGGAUGGUGUUUCUCUCCCUGUGUCUCUGUGUUGUCUGUCUGUAGCCACCCACUCAGAACAUGCCCAUGGGCCCUGGUGGGAUGAACCAGAGUGGAGCGCCGGGCCCCCAGCCCCCCCACGGACACAACAUGCCCUCGGAGGGCAUGGUCAGCGGCGGCCCCCCAGCCCCACACAUGCAGAACCAGAUGAAUGGACAGAUGCCUGGUAAGUGACCUCCCCUCCCCGUCACCUCCUUCUCCCUCAGUCCCUGUCUCACUCACUAGGGUUGCCUAGCAACACCACAGCUGGGAGAGGAUGGUGCUCUGCUAAACAAUGAUGUCACCCAUCUGUCUGUGAGCUCUGGUGGUCUUUUAGGAGAAGGAACAGUCAGAUGUGUCCAAUUUGUAAGUCGCUCUGGAUUAGAGUGUCUGCUAAAUGAGGUAAAUGUGUCAUGAUGCCCCCAGAACUAGCCACACUAGGAACCAAAUGUGUUAUUUAUUUUAGCAGACGCUCUUAUCCAGAGCAACUUACAGGAGCAAUUAGGGUUAAGUGCCUUGCUCAAGGGCACAUCAACAGAUUUUUCACCUAGUCGGCUCGGGAUUAGAACCAGCGACCUUUCGGUUACUGGCACCACGCUCUUAACCACUAAGCUACCUGCCGCCAAAUUUGAAAUGGAAUUACAUAGAAAACAAUGGAACAGGGUGAAUUCAAAAUUUUUAUUAAAACACGAUUUAAAUGUAUUUUCGGAAGGCCUGUGGUCUCCAUUCAGGUAAUACAUUAAAUAUAUACAUCAGACAGUAUUGGGGAGCUUUUUCAUGGUUUUUUUCACGGGUACAUUAUUUUCCCAGUUCAAUCUUAUAGCAAGCCUAUCUGCUUUGCAGCCCUGUUGUGACAGAGUGGAAGGGCAAAGCAGACUGUCAUAUGCCCCGAAAUAUUUUGAUGUGCAACUUGGAAUAAAAAUGUGAGAGGACCAGUGCUUCUAUAGUGAAAUAAAUCUCACAUCUGUGCUGUUUGUGAGCGAUGUUGUUAGGCUACAAUGUAUCGUUGUUUCCUCUUCAGAGCCCACUGGUGCACAAGUGAUACGUUGUAUAAUUUCACUUGACCGUGAGAACCACCAGUUUUUUCAAGUCUUGCACUGUAUUUUCUGAAGGUUUGUAUAAAAAUUCAUGUCAUUUGAGUAGCCUAUAGGCCUACUAUAAAAAAAAAUCUAAACUGAUUAGAUCCCCCUCUCUAAAACCCUGAACGAACGCGCUAUCCAGCGCAAAGCCCGCCACCUGAUCUACAGCCCAGACCACUCCACUGCUUUGAUCUCCCAUCGCGCCACCACUGCUUUGAUCGCCCAUCAGGUUAGAGAAAUCAGACAAUUAACCCCCUAAAGUCAAUUGACGCACCGGUGCGUCAGUCUAAGUAACGUAAUAAAAUAAUCCCCAUCAAAAUCCGUCAAUUUAAACUAGAGAUAUAUUUUUGGUUUCGUUGCAUUGGAUGCGUCUCAAUCUGCCGAUGUCGCACUUUCGCAUCUGCGGUGAAAGGUAGCAGAGCUAGAGCAGUGUUUGUCAGACCAUGUGACAUCCCGAAACUAUUAUGACUCCACUGUGGAAAGGGAAGAUUCUCACUAACACGAUGGUGUUCUCCAUUUUGCUCUAGGACCCCCCCCACAAGUGUCACGGAACUCGUCUGAAGGUAACCGGUACCGGUUUUAAAAAAAAUGAAUGGAAGUAUGAAGGUAGUUUUGUGCUUACCCAAAAAAAGGGGUUAAAUAUGUGUAAAAAAAAAAAAUAUGUAUACAAAAUAUUUCCUGAGCUUUCAUAUAUCUCCUAAAUAUAGGAAAAACACUUCAAAAUAUUGAUUCUAAUGUGUAGUUACCCUUUAAUUAUUGUGUGCACCCAGCCAGAGACCAUUGUUUGGUUAGUGAUGUUUCUAUAGCGCUCAUGUGAUUGCAGAGUUUGCAAAACAAAUGGCCACUGGAUUGAAGCAAAUAAUCAUGAUAUCAUUCUGCCAGGUAGGCAUAGGCUAACUUUGUAGUUAAUGUUUAACCCACUACAGUCGAUGUACGUGCCCCUGCGGAACUCAAAUUAGCAUAAUAAAUUUAAAAAAUCCAUAAAAAUCUGUCUGUUUUAGCUAGAAAUAUGUUUUUUGCAUGUGCUGUCUCAAUCCACUGUACCGCCAAUGGUGACCUUCCACAUCUGCGGUGGAAGGUGGCUGAGCUACAGCGGUGUUUGUCAGACCAUGAGACAUCACGAAAAUCGGUCUUCUCACUAAAACGUCUGUAGCGUCCGAAUGGUUUGGCCUACAAAGUGAAAACAUGUUUUUAGACAUUUAUUGAAAAUUAAAUACAGAAAUAUCUCAUUUGCAUAAGUAUUCAUGCCCCUGAGACAAUACAUGUUAGACUCACCUUUUGCAGCGAUUACAGCUGUGAGUCUUUCUGGCUAAGUCUCCAAGAGCUUUGCACAUCUGGAUUGUACAAUAUUUGCCCAUUAUUCUUUUUAAAGUUCUUCAAGCUCUGUCAAGUUGGUUGUUAAUCAUUUUCAAGUCUUGCCAUAGAUUUUCAAGCAGAUUUAAGUCAGUACUGUAACUAGGCCACUCAGAAACAUUCAAGGGUAAGCAACUCCAGUGUAGGUUUGUUUUAAGUUAUUGUCUUGCUGAAAGGUGAAUUUGUCACCCAGUGUCUGUUGGAAAACCGAUUGAACCAGGUUUUCCGCUAGGAUUUUGCCUGUGCUUAUAGCUCUAUUCCAUUUAUUUUUAUCCUAAAAAACUCCCUAGUCCUUGCCGAAGAUAAUCAUACCCAUAACAUGAUGCAGCCACCACCUUGCUUGAAAAUAUGAAGAGUGGUACUCUGUGAUGUGUUGGAUUUGCCCCAAACAUAACACUUUAUAUUCAGGACAUAAAGUUAAUUUCUUUGCCUUGUUUUUUGCAGUUUUACUUUUGUGCCUUAUUGGAAACAGGAUGCAUGUUUUGGAAUAUUUUUAUUCUGUACAGGCUUCCUUCUUUUCACUUCAAUUAGGUUAGUAUUGUGGAUUAACUACAGUUUCCUCCCUAUCACAGCCAUUAAACUCUAACUGUUUUAAAGUCACCAUUUGCCUCAUGGUGAAAUCCCUGAGCGGUUUCCUUCCUCUCCAGAAACGGAGUUAGGAAGGACGCCUGUAUCUUUGUAGUGACUGGAUGUGUUGAUACACGAUCCAAAGUGUAAUUAAUAACAUUUUAUUUUUAACCAUCUAUCAAUAGGUGCCCUUCUUUGCGAGGCUUUGUAAAUCCUCCCUUGUCUUUGUGUUUGAAUCUGUGUUUGAAAUUCACUGCUUGACUGAUAGACCUUACAGAUAAUUGUAUGUGUUGGGUACAGAGAUGAGGUAAUCAUUCAAAAAUCAUGUUAAACACUUAUUGUACACAGAGUGAGUCCAUGCAACUUAUUAUGUGACUUGUUAAGCAAAUGUUUUACUCCUGAACUUAUUUAGGAUUGCCAUAACAAAGGGGUUCUAUACUUAUUGACUCAAGACAUUUCAGCUUUUCAUGUUUUAUUUGUAAAUGUUUCUAAAAACAUAAUUCCACUUUGACAUUAUGUGGUAUUGUGUGUCAAGCAAGAGGUGUGAAUACUUUCUGAAGGCAUUGCAUAUAUGGAAGUAGUUUAGUGGCAAAAUGUUUAGUUAAAUAUGGGUUAAAAAAUAUCUAAUAGCUAAAUGAUCAUGGUAUGACCAUCUUAAAACAAUUCUUAAUGAUUAACUGAGAAGGUUUUUGGGAAAUCCUUUCCAUCGCUACCAGAAGACUGUUAUCGUUUAGCAUCAUUGCUAACAUUGCAGUGUGUGUGUGUGCGCACGGCACACACACACAGGGGCAUUCCUGUGCCGUUUCACUGAUGCAUUUUGUGAUUAACUUGGGAAAAGUAUAAAAUGUUCUAAGUUAAUUAAUUAAGUACAUUUUUGGGGGAGGAAUAUUGUUGAAUUCCGUUUUAAUGUCUGGAUUCCGUGAUUCCGUCUGUGUUCUGCGUAAUGUGUAUUUUAUAGUGCCCUACUGAACAACCCAUAUGGGCCGGUGUGGGAUGGAAAGGUAGUUAAGGUAUUUGUCUGACUUUUCCUAUUGUUUUUUUCCUGAUAAUUUUGGUCAUAAAGUCAGUCUAGCCCAAAACAGCGAUUUGCGAGUUAAUUAGGAAAAAUGGUAUGUCACGGGAUGAAAGAUGUAACAGUUUUCCUUGGGUUUAUCAUGCCCACAGCUGGCAGCAAUUCCGAGCGCAGCUGCACACGACCCGAUCGUAAUGCCCAUGGUCAAUUUGGUCAAUUUGGUUUGACAUUCGAUAUCCCUAUGGGGAUAGUUAGGGACCAUCAGUAAAUUAAACAACGUACAUAGGACAAUAUUUAAAAUGUCAAUAGCUGCAUAUUUCUGACUUAAAACCUCAAACCAACUAUAAAUUGUAGAAAUUCAUAUACAGAUAUUGAAAUCAUUUUAAUGAGACAACUAAAAGUGCAAUUAAUAGUUGGUUUGCAACAUAAAAAUAUUGUCCCAUUUACAUUGUGUAAUUAAGCAUUCACAUGUGUUUUACACUUUAUCAAGCUGUUGCUGAUCGCUUCUAUUUAUGCCAAAUCAUUUGACCGCUGUAGGUUGAGAUUCAUGUUUCCUAACGUUAUUCCUUUACAAUUUUCUGUAGCGAAUAGAGAAGACUAUAUACCCAUCACAUCCAACAUUAUGGAAAUGAAGUCCCCAUGUGUUUGUAACUCAAAUGUGUGCUUGGGUCAGGAUUGGAAAUGUGUGAAACGUAUCAACGAGAGAAAGAAGCCAAUUCAAUCUUACCAUAGAAGUUCUCUCUAGUUUUCGCACUCAUGCCAUGAACGAGAAAAUAAUAGCAUCAUUAAAGGGGGGCUGAACUUGAUUUAGCCUCGGUUUUAAUUCUCCUUAUUAGGAAAUGCGACAUUUGGGAACGAGAUUUGGGUCUUGGAGGCGUGCUUUGAUGUGGGUGUCUCGUGUGUGUGUCGAACGUGGGAAGCGCUUGUACUUUCACUCUGCCAAAACAAUACAUAGUUAGUCACUCACCCUUCUAGAUAACUUGAAACAGUCUAACCAGGUAUUGUGUCUGGAAGUAGUCUAGACUAGGUAGCAAGCUAGCCAAAUAAUUUUGCCAAGUAGCUGGUUUGCGACCGUGGCAAAGUUGGUUUGACUUUGGAUAGCCUAUCUCUGGGGCUAGUUGGGGACCGUCAAUAAACUACAUUUUAAGGAAUAUUCUUUGGAAUAUAUCCAUUAUAAAAACAAGAGAAAGCAAUAUAAUUGGAUGAAUUAGAGAAAAUAUUAGUUGAGAUGCAGCCACCACUCGUGUGUGGAUUGCUAUUUCUAAAAUCAAUAUGGACAGCACCUGUGCUGAAAGUUGAGAAGGCACAUUUACUAACGAGGGCUUUGUUGGCGCAUUUGUGGCGUAUUACCUGUUUGACAGACACAAUUAUGCUUUCCAUAUAUUUGUCGGUAUAGCUAUUUCCUCCAAUACUGUCACCAUGCACUCCUUAAAUAGGCCUACCUCCUCCUUUCUGCGUCAGACUCGGGCGUCAUGUCUGGGGUGGAAAAGCAACUUCUGAAAGUACCAUGCUUAGAUUCAUAAUGACAUCUCGGAUUGAAUUAUUUACUAAAAGCGACCGUUUUGUUGAAAACAAGACACUGGUUUGGUAUUGAAGAAAUACGGUAAGAUUAGAUUAGGUAUUAAUAGAGACUGAUGAUAUUACCACUGUAAUCAGAUCGAGCCCACUAACCACGUGUUAAAUGUGUAUUGUAGGGCUAUGAUUUGGGCAGCUAGUAGGCUAUUUGCUAAUAAUUAUUUUCUGGCUUGCCGACUAGCUACAAUCUCAGGGAAAAAUUGGCUGGAUGCCAAACCUAGUUGCCAACACCUGUUGUAUAUUCUACAUUUAAUCACCCCUUUCACCGUAAUCAUCAACAUCUUCAUUCAGAUCAUUCAAAAAUGUGUGGAUACAGUGCUAAACCUGAAGAUCUCGUGGUUCUCUCUGUGUAGUAAAAGUAUUGGUGUUGCUCGCCAGUGCGCUCUGAAGAAGAAACAACGAUACAUUGUAGCCUAACAACAUCGCUCACAAACAGCACAGAUGUGAGAUUUAUUUCACUAUAGAGGAACUGGUCCUCUUACAUUUGUAUUCCAGGUUGCACAUCAAAAUAUUGAAUGGCAUGUCAGAUGGUCUGCCCUGCCCAUAAGUCAUGAAAAGCAUAGGGUUGCUAUAAGAUUGAAAUGGGAAAAUAAUGUACCUGUGAUAAAACUAUGAAAUGGUUCCCCAAUACCAUUUGAUGUAUAUAUUUAAUGUAUUACAUGAAUGGAGACCACAGCCCAAGUCGUGUUUUCUAUGUAAUUCCAUUUCAAAUGUGGCUCCCAGUGCAGCAGGUUCAGGGGGUAUUACUGCGCAUCUGACUGUUUCUUGUCUUUAUAUUUCUAGGUGGUCUUGGACUCCACUUCACUGUGGUAGUGUUUAUAUGCGUGUUUGUUUGAGUGAGAGAGACUGUUAGCAUUUAUUCUACUUUGUUAUGCCGCAGGGUAGAUUGGGCAAUUAUUACCAGUUGUCAAGGCUCUAUACAGCACACAUGCUUGUAAAUAUUAGAAUAGGGAGAAAAUACUUUCUCAGGAGAGAGUGUUUUAAUUUAACAGUUCAAUCUUAAUCUCUGUACCUAAUGGUAAUAUCUUCCUGAAGGUUAAAUGGUCUGCCCUUCUUCUUUUGUCCCAGGUCCCAAUCACAUGCCCAUGCAGGGCCCCGGGCCUGGCCCCAACCAGCCUCCCAACAUGCCUGGCAGCGGCGCCAUGAACAUGCCCCCCAGCAGCCACGGCCCCAUGGGUGGCUACAACCAUGCUGUGCCCUCGUCUCAGGGCAUGCCUGCCCAGGGCCAGAUGAACAUGACCCAGGGACCCAUGGGCAGCUACGGCCCCCGGCCCAACAUGAACAUGCAGCCUAACCAAGGUACAGGAAAGAGGGGGGAAAAAAGUAUCCUUGGUAGACCUUCACUUUGUUCCUUAUCACCUCAAUCACUGGACUUUCAUUUGUCCUUUUUUUUUUCUUCCAAAUUGGGUUCUUUAAUGAAAUAUUGUCUAUAUUUGUGUUGUUCCUGCCCCAGGCCCCAUGAUGCACCAGCAGCCUCCCUCCCAGCAGUACAACAUGCCCCCUGGGGGUGGCGGGCAGCACUACCAGGGCCAGCAGAACCCCAUGGGCAUGAUGGGUCAGGUCAACCAGGGAAACCAUGUCAUGGGGCAGAGGCCCAUGCCCCCUUACAGACCCCCACAGCAAGGUAUGCUCCGCUCCACAGAUUGGAUCACUGGGCCCAAGGGCAAGACGCUUGGUUUGACUUGACACAGGGCUGCAACCUCCUCUCCUGUACCUAACCCCCUCUCCUCUUCAUCUUUAAGUGGAGCUAUCUUUCACUUCCAUUGUCAUUGCUCACAGACGCAGGUAGCCCCAUAACCAUAGAAGGAACACUCACCCAGGCGCCCUGAAGGUUGUUGUCAGCCCCAGCACUACUAAACUGUAGUUUGGUGACCAACGAGACUCACACAGGAGCUCUCUAGCAAAUAAGCGGUCAAAAUUCCAACCUCACUCCCCUUCCCCGCCGAAAUUACCCCCCAACAACACCUUGAAUCUACCUGUGUGUGUGUUGUGUGCCGUGUGUGUAUGUGUAUGUAGGACCCCCUCAGCAGUACCCAGGGCAGGAAGACUACUAUGGCGACCAGUACAGUCACGCAGGACAGGGAGCUUCAGAAGGUAGGAGAUCAAACCAACCGCUUGCUCGCUCGUAGAAUCAACCAAACCACUCCGCCCGUUUAAGUUUCACUUAGAGGAGCUGUGUUGAGGCAUGGAGAAGGACAGAGGAUGGAGAGCGUAACAAAGCAAAACAUUGUGUGAUAGAUGGUGACACUGUCCCUCAGAUAUGGAAGUGGAUCGUUCAGCACCACUUCACACCCGAGCCUUAUCCAGAUCAUCAAUGGUUUAUUUCGGUUCCAACGCGGUUAUCUAGAACAUUUGUGGAAGUAGAAAAUGAAAGAAAGUCGUCUUAACUAUUCAGUUGGACAUUAGUCACUGUGUUCUGUAAGUCUGGCCAGAAGGAAGCUCUGAUGUUCGGUUUGCCCGCCCACCGUCCCACCGGGGCUGUGCGUUGUCGAUAAACAAAUAGCUAGUCGGCUAGUUAUUUUAUCGAACCGUGAUCUUGUGGAGGUGGGGCUCCAAAUUCAUACAGCAAUUCCAUCUAGGAAGAUUAUCUCAGGUGGUGCUUUUAGCGGAAGCAGACGUCCUACUUUAGCAGAAGCCCCACAUAAGAGUUAGCAGACUUGUCAGAUGUGUUAAAGACUCAUGCCGUAAAAGGAGACUAGUCGGACUGGGAUGAUUUCCCCAGUGAUUUCCCACCCCUUCAUAGUGAUUUUGUGUCAAAGCAUCAACAUAAAGAAGUAUUCUCAAAUGAAUACAUUUCUCUUCCAUGUGUCACUUUCUACACCUUUUCUACUUUCUACUCCCUUUGAAAUGUUGACACAGCACUCUCCAGUCUCCAAUAUCUAGGUUGUACUCUGAUGGGAAUUACAGGAUUUAAAUAUUGUCUUGGGAAAAUAAGUAUAUUCUCGAAAUAAAGUAUUUUUCUCCCAUGAUUAGUUAUUACUUUUGCAAAAAUAUAUUUAUGAACAUUUCUAUGCACACAAAAACUGUGUGAAGCACAAUAAAUGAUGUUUAUGUGUAUAUAACAAUAUAUUUUAAUCCCCUGAAUUUCCCCCCCAUUGACUUCUAUCACCUCCAAAAUGGACAUGAAAUAACAUGUCUUCCUAUCUCCCUGUGAAGUAAUGCUAUAGGUGAUGGUGAGUACGGUUUGCUUUAGCCACCGUUUCCUGAUCAAGGCUUUGAUUUCUCAGAACAAUACUACCAAGGAGGUGUCAAUGUAGCUUCACAGAAAUGUACGUAGGGAAAAAGAUAUCGUAGCGUCUAAAGCCACAUAAUGACUUAUGGAACUUUUGUGUUGCUAAGGUUGUGUUCAAUAACUGCAGUAGCCUAAAUGCUAGCUUUUACAAUUAACAUGCCUAAAAUACACUUUCUACACCAGUAUUAUUUCUCCCAAUUAGCCUUCCCUGGCCAGCUUUGUUCAGGUUAAGGGAGGUUGAGUUGAGUCUGUGCUCUGUUUUCUGCCUUCCUACAUCUUUUUAUUAUUCUUGAUUUUUCACUCACAAAUAUUUCAUUUCUCUUAAAUGUUGACGUUCAAGCUUUUUUUUAAACGGCUCAUAGCAGGUGUCAGGUAAGGAUGCUGAAAAGGUGUCACUAUAACAAUUCUCUUGCAUAUCAAAAACAAAACUCCUCUUAAUGGGUGUGCUCACAGUGUUGGUUCUUUUCUCCUGUGGUUUUUGUCUUGUCUGCCAGAGCGAGACCCAGCAGCCAACCAACAGUCCCCCUAUGAAAAAGAUCAUGGUUUGUUAACUUUGUUUGUUAACAGCCUAAAUCAGUGUUUUCAAAACAUUCGGAUCAGGGUUGGUGUCAAUUUCCUGUUCAGUUUAGUCAAUUCAGGAAGUAAACUGAAAUUCCAAUCAUAACAUUUUGAAUUGGAAUUUCCGUUUACCUCCCGAGUUUAUUGAAUUGAAAUGGAAUGGACCUCGUCCCUGAUUCUGGCCACACUAAGCACUGCUGUGCUGUCUGCUGUUAUGUCGUAGAGCCUGGUUCAGAUACUGUAAUGUCACAGAUACUGUAAUGUCUUUCUGUUGCCCCCUGUAGGAAACGCCCAGUAUGGCCAGCAGCAGGAGGCCUACCAGCAAGGUCCCCCUCAGCAGCAGGGCUACCCCCCACAGCAGCAGUACCCCGGACAGCAGGGCUACCCUGGACAGCAACAGGGUUAUGGUGGGUGGAUAUCUCCCAUUUGACUCCCUCUUUCUCUGUUUCUCUCUCUUUUUCUGUUUCUCUCUCUUUAUCUAUUUGUCUCGCUCGCUUCUCUCUCUUCUCUCGCUCUAUCUUUCCAUAGCUGAUCACAUUGUCUAUACACCGUUUUACAUCAAUGGGAGUAAAACGUUGUUUGUGUUUUCCGCUGCUCUGAAUUUGACUGGCAGUCAGUCCACACUAAUCCUGUAGGAGGCACCAUUUAGUUUCGAUUUAGUUGCCUUGAAACAUCAGUCCUUGAUUCAAAAUGUCACCAACCCAGAGCCUCCCGUUUGUUUACUGUACCACGCCACUGUCUUCCUAAUUGACAUUGUGACCUUUCAAUGUCGCAGCAGCACUGUCAAGGCUACAGACACUGGCCCGUUGAUCAGAAGAGGGAGCUGGCAGACAAUGUGCUGUGUUAGGUGUCCCUCUAUUACUCCGAUGGGUCACUGUAUAGGCCUAGUCACUGUAUUAUAGGAAGUUCAGAAAGUGAGGGAUGGAGUGCGAGAGAAUGAGUGAAAGAGAAGGGAAGAGGUCAGGCUUAUGGGUAAUCUCCCUCGGCAGUGUGUGCGAGUGGGCCUUCUCCCCUUCGUUUUUAAAAUCCUGUCAGCUCUUCCUCUCCCUCUUUCUCUCUCUCUGAGCCAGAGGCCUUUCUCUCAUGUCAGUAAUGAGCUGGUGGAGAGAGGCAGAGGCUGUGAGGUAGGCUCCAUCUGGCACACAAACACACGCUCGUUCACUCUCGCAGGCGGGCCCCCACAAGGUUAAGCUUUGCGGUGUUUGCAUUACGAGCACCCUAACGAUGUUGCGUGGGUCUCGUUUGACUUGGCCCCAGUCAGUCAGGCAUCGUAUCACUGAUCAGCCGUUGGAAAGCCUGAUAGCGCGGCGCUACGCGGCUGUACGGUAACACCAGUGCAGUGGUAGUAUUGAGGCUGUCGGAUGAAGUGGUUUUUAAUGAGGCUCCGCUUCUCUAAUGAAGGCCCACGGAAUCUCCUUGAUGUCUUCUUGCAUUAGACGACUUAACACCCAGCACCGUCCCUGGUGCUGGCUACAGCUCCGGCUGCAGUUAGUCAGACUCUCUCAUUACAGAGAAGAGUGGGCCAGUGUCAGUGUGGAGCCAAACUUCAACAAAUGGCCCAGGGCCCAACUAAUACUACCCACUAGUCUCUCUCUGCCAUGCCUCUGUCGGUCUGCCUGUCAGUGGUUCUGUCUAUUAACUACAGUGUGUUCAUGGAUAGAUAGAGGUGGAUUGACACUGAGUUCCCCUGAAGCUCUCAAUGGUGCAAGAAGAAGACGUGUCAUAAUGAUUGACAUCGAACAACAAAAUCAGGGAAUCUACAAUGCUGUUACGCUCCCAGACUGUGUGCAUUUUAUUAUUGAACAGACAAUGUAUUUGUGUGCCUAUUUGGUGUGAAUAACAGUAUCGUCAUGUAAUAUUUGUCAGACAUCCAUAACCUUUGAUCUCUGUGUGUCCGCCAGGUCCGUCCCAGGGAGCCCCAGGCCAGUAUCCCCAGGGUUACCCCCAGGGCCAGGGACAGCAGUAUGGGGCCUACCGGGGCCCCCAGCCCGGCCCCCCUCCGGCCCAGCAACAACGCCCAUACCCAGGCUACGACCAGGUGAGCAUGAGCCCAUGAGUAGGCAGGUCUUACUGUGUCCAUGUAUGUUGACUAGAGAUGGAUAGAAGUUAAAGAUGAGAUAUAACAUUUAGUUUGUCCAGGGUUCAGGGAGUGUCCGUAAGUAAGUGUCCAUAAGCAAGAGACCAGGGAGGAGUAGGUGUCUUGUGCAUGCUGACGUUGUAUGGGGAGUUUAAUAUAUACAGUUGAAGUCAGAAGUUUACAUACACUUAGGUUGGAGUCAUUAAAACUCAUUUUUCAGCCACUCCACACAUUUCUUGUUAACAAACUAUAGUUUUGGCAAGUCGGUUAGGACAUCUACUUUGUGCAUGACACAAGUAAUUUUUCCAACAAUUGUUUACAGACAGAUUAUUUCACUUAUAAUUCACUGUAUCACAAUUCCAGUGGGUCAGAAGUUUACAUACACUAAGUUGACUGUGCCUUUUAACAGCUUGGAAAAUACCAGAAAAUGAUGUCAUGGCUUUAGAAGCUUCUGAUAGGCUAAUUGACAUCAUUUGAGUCAAUUGGAGGUGUACCUGUGGAUGUAUUUCAAGGCCUACCUUCAAAUGCAGUGCCUCUUUGCUUGACAUCAUGGGAAAAUCAAAAGAAAUCAGCCAAGACCUCAGAAAACAAAUUGUAGACCUUCACAAGUCUGGUUCAUCCUUGGGAGCAAUUUCCAAACGCCUGAAUGUACCACGUUCAUCUGUACAAACAAUAGUAUGCAAGUAUAAACACCAUGGGACCACGCAGCCGUCAUACCACUCAGGAAGGAGAUGCGUUCUGUCUCCUAGAGAUGAACGUACUUUGGUGCGAAAAGUGCAAAUCAAUCCCAGAACAACAGCAAAGGACCUUGUGAAGUUGCUGGAGGAAACGGGUACAAAAGUAUCUACAUCCACAGUAAAACGAGUCCUAUAUCGACACAACCUGAAAGGCCGCUCAGCAAGGAAGAAGCCACUGCUCCAAAACCGCCAUAAAAAGCCAGACUGGUUUGCAACCGCACAUGGGGACAAAGAUCGUACUUUUUGGAGAGAUAUCCUCUAGUCUGAUGAAACAAAAAUAGAACUGUUCGGCCAUAACGACCAUCGUUAUGUUUGGAGGAAAAAGGGGGUGCCUUGCAAGCUAAAGAACACCAUCCCAACCGUGAAGCACGGGGUGGCAGCAUCAUGCUGUGGGGGUGCUAUGCUGCAGGAGGGACUGGUGCACUUCACAAAAUAGAUGGCAUCAUGAGGAAGGAAAAUUAUGUGGAUAUAUUGAAGCAACAUCUCAAGACAUCAGUCAGGAAGUUAAAGCUUGGUCGCAAAUGGGUCUUCCAAAUGGACAAUGACCCCAAGCAUACUUCCAAAGUUGUGGCAAAAUGGCUUAAGGACAACAAAGUCAAGGUAUUGGAGUGGCCAUCACAAAGCCCUGACCUCAAUCCUAUAGAAAAUGUGUGGGCAGAACUGAAAAAGCGUGUGCGAGCAAGGAGGCCUACAAACCUGACUCAGUUACACCAGCUCUGUCAGGAGGAAUGGGCCAAAAUUCACCCAACUUAUUGUGGGAAGCUUGUGGAAGGCUACCUGAAACGUUUGACCCAAGUUAAACAAUUUUAAAGACAAUGCUACCAAAUACUAAUUGAGUGUAUGUAAACUUCUGACCCACUGGGAAUGUGAUGAAAUACAUAAAAGCUGAAAUAAAUCAUUCUCUCUACUAUUAUUCUGACAUUUCACAUUCUUAAAAUAAAGUGGUGAUCCUAACUGACCUAAGACAGGGAAUUCUUACUAGGAUUAAAUGUCAGGAAUUGUGAAAAACUGAGUUUAAAUGUAUUUGACUAAGGUGUAUGUAAACUUCCGACUUCAACUGUAGUUACUAAGACGGUUUGAUGUGUUUAGCCAGCUUACAUUAUGGUUCUCCUCUGUUAGGAGAAACCUACCUUCUCAGUUGAGUUGUGAGUUGAAUAAUAUAUUGCCUUGGAUAAUACAGCAAGUCAGAGAAGAGCAGGGUAAUGUAAAGUCUCUCGUCCCAAACGUAAUAUAGAACUUUGGGAGUGUUGACAGGGAGGGGAGAGCUACGUGUUGCCCUGUAUUUUCUGUGGUCCUUUGCGGAGGCCACAGCUACACUUUGAUUCUUUAUCUUUGAAUAUUCAGGGGCACAUGAGGAAAUAAAGACCCAGGGAUUUGAACCCCUGACUAGCUCUGUAAGAAGCAAAGGUAAUGGUUUCUGUGAAGACGUCACCUUAACGUCAAAUCUGGACGUUUGACCUGUUCGCCUAGCCUUGAUUUGCAUUUGUUAUGUUUCUCCUCCUGUCUUCUAUUUAAACAUCUGAUUUCUUUACGUCUUUUUGUAACCAGGGGUCGAACUUUAUGCUUGAGGUCUUCAAAUAUAUCAAGUACAAUCUGUAGGGGAACUUGAGAAAAUGUAGAUGGUUUGAAAUUGACAAAAUCAAUCAAAAAUACAACUCGCCUUACUUAGGUUAUUAUUCAUAUAUGUUUCAUGCAAUUAACUGCAUUUAAAUGUUUUAUGUGUCAUUUAUUAAUACUUAUGCACUGUGUAGAAAUAGUGUCUGAUCAAAGUAGUCCAAUUGAAACUGAAAAUCUGAAAUAUGUUAACUAAUGACAAUUGUAUUCCUAAAGAGAAGCCACUUUCGACCCCUGUUUAGAAAUGAACCUUUAAAAUAAAAAAAACAUGGCCCUCCUAUCAUAUUAAAUGCACAAGUCACAGAGCAGCAUUUUGCCUACUGCUACAGUAUACUGAUAAGAAGUUGCGUCCCUCCUUUCAUGAGCUUUUCUGAGGCCAUGCUGCCACCUGCUGGUUAAAUCCAGCCAAUGCAGCUAAACAGGAAUCUGCAUCUGUAACAUAAGGUUGAUAGCUACCAAAGAUGUGUGUGUUUGCAUCCUAUUUAGAUAUUCAAAUAUUAGCUUUUCUCUAGUAAAUGCUUGUUUGUUCAGAUGUAAAAUGAAAAGUCAUAAAGAUCUGUCCAUUUACAGUACUCUCUUCCUUCCUCCACAGGGUCAAUAUGGAAAUUACCAGCAAUGAGAGAUGGUCAUGGCAGUCACCAAGAGCCCUGCUCUGACCUCUAACCUCUAAACUCGGCUGCAGCUCACUGAGACACUUACACACACACACACACACACACACACACACUUUGUGGUCCUUAUGUGAAAAGUGUAAUUUUUGUUAAUGUCGAUAAUGAGAUGAUUCUGUCCACUUCCAUCACUCCGCUUCUGGUCUGUGUUAAUAGUCUCAAUGCAGCGAUGCCUUAAAAUGAAACAGAGCUGCCUUAUCCAGAGCCCUGCAGAUUGUGAAAUGGGCAAAAAUAACAAGUAACAUUCAUUUUUUGGAUAUCACAGAGGACAGAAUUGUACAGAACUGAACUUCACACUCUAGUGCAAUGGUUCUCCAUCCAAUAGCCCCCCGUUCAUAAGAAGCAAUAAUGCCAAUGGGAGGGGUGGGACAGAGGUGGCGUGAGGAGAUCUUGCACCUGAAACAAAAUUCUGUUAGGCCAUGGUACAUGUCAAGGUCAACAUAUGUGAUGUAAAAAUGUAUUUUAUGCUUUUUAGAUGGAGUUAACUUUGUAUAAGAAUUUGGAGACUAGUAACGUUGAAUAUUGUUUCAUUUUUUUCUCUUGAACUAUGUCUUGAUGUCAUUUUUUUUUUUAGUUGUGAGGACAUUGUAUUCAUCCCCCAUGUUGUUUGUUCUUUUGUUAUUUGUACCCCCUGAAUUCGCUUUGCUUCUUCAGUGACUUGUACAAAGAAUGUGCUUGGGGUAAACAAAUCGGAUGCCUUGGUUUUAUGAAUGGAUUGUACAUAGAAAUCCCUCAAACAAACUGAGAACACCCAUCUGCAUUGAAGCAUCAGUGCUGAAACAUUUAUUUAUUUGGGCAACAGAACUAGAACAUGACCUUUGAGUGGGGCUGUAUUCUGACUUGAGAUAUACGGUGCAUUCGGAAAGUAUUCAGACCCCUUGACUUUUUCCACAUAUUGUUACAUUACAGCCUUAUUCUAAAACUGAUUAAAUUGCUUUUUCCCCUCAAUCUACACACAAUACCCCAUAAUGACAACGCAAAAACAGGUUUUUAGAAAUUUUGAAAAAAUGUAUUACAAAUAAAAAACGGAAAUAUCACAUUUACUGAAGUAUUCAGACCCUUCACUCAGUACUUUAUUGAAGCAUCUUUGGCAGCGAUUACAGCCUCGAGUCUUCUUGCGUAUGGCGCUACAAGCUUGACAUAACUGUAUUUAGGGAGUUUCUCCCAUUCUUCUCUGCAGAUCCUCAAGCUCUAUCAGGUUGGAUGGGGAGCGUCGCUGCAGAGCUAUUUUCAGGUCUUUUCAUAGAGAUGUUUGAUCUGGUUCAAGUCCGGGCUCUGGCUGGGCCACUCAAUGACAUUCAGAGACUUGUCCUGAAGGCACUCCUGUGUUGUCUUGGCUGUGUGCUUAGGGUCGUUGUCCUGUUGGAAGGUGAACCUUCGCCCCGUCUGAGCGCUCUAGAGCAGGUUUUCAUCAAGGAUCUCUCUGUACGUUGCUCCGUUCAUCUUUCCCUCGAUCCUGACUAGUCUCCCAGUCCCUGCCACUGAAAAACAUCCCCACAGCAUGAUGCUGCCACCACCAUGCUUCACCGUAGGGAUGGUGCCAGGUUUCCUCCAGACGUGACUCUUGGCAUUCAGGCCAAAGAGUUCAAUCUUGGUUUCAUCAGACCAGAAAAUCUUGUUUCUCCUUUAGGUACCUUUUGGUAAACUCCAAGCUGGCUGUCGUGCCUUUUUACUGAGGAGUGGCUUCCGUCUGGCCACUCUACCAUAAAGGCCUGAUUGGUGGAGUGUUGCACAGAUGGUUGUCCUUCUGGAACAUUCUCCCAUCUCCACAGAGGAACUCUGGAGCUCUGUUAGAGGGACCAUCGGGUUCUUGGUCACCUCCCUGACCAAGGCCCUUCUCCCCCGAUUGCUCAGUUUGGCCGGGCGGCCAGCUCUAGGAAGUGUCUUGCUGGUUCCAAACUUCUUCCAUUUAAGUAUGUUGGAGGCCUCUGUGUUCUUGGGGACCUUCAAUGCAGCAGAAAUGUUUUGGUACCCUUCCCCAGAUCUGUGCCUUUGCACAAUCCUGUCUCUGAGCUCUAUGGACAAUUCCUUCAACCUCAUGGUUUUUGCUCUGACAUGCACUGUCAACCGUGGGACCUUCUACAGACAGGUGUGUGUGUGUGUGCCUUUCCAAAUCAUGUCCAAUCAAUUGAAUUGACCACAGGUGGACUCCAUUCAAGUUGUAGAAACAGCUCAAGGAUGAUCAAUGGAAACAGGAUGCACCUGAGCUCAAUUUCGAGUCUCAUAACAAAGGGUCUGAAUAGUUAUGUAAAUAAGGUAUUUCUGUUUAUUUUGAAUACAUUUGAUAACUUCUAAAAACCUGUUUUUCGCUUUUUCAUUAUGGGGUAUUGUGUGUAGAUUGAUGAAAAUGUUUUAUUUAAUCAAUUUUAGAAUAAGGCUGUAACGUAACAAAAUGUGGAAAAAGUGAAGGGGUCUGAAUACUUUCGGAAUGCACAGUAUGUGUGUAACACAAUGCGCUGGGCCCAUACUCAUGAAUUGUCUCUGAUUAGGAGAGCUGAAUUGGGAUCAAUUUGGCCUUGGAGAUCACAAUGUGAAAGACUACAUGGACCCUAGAUCAGCACUCCUACUCUGAGAAGGUUUAUGAAUGGGGCACCUGAAUGCUUCCAGUGCCCCCUGCUUCUCCUAAAGGUUAGAAGCAUCUACAGUAUCUGUUGUCAGAAUAUGGCCUUGGCGCUUCAGUGUGCUCUGUUAUUGGACAGCUGGAUAAAAGGUUUAUUCAGUUGAGGUAUAUUCCAAACAUAUGUCUUAUUGUACAUCAGACACAGAUCUCUGUGGUGGAGAAUAGUGUCUGCUCGAUACAUUACAUUUUUAUUUGCAACUUUAUGAACAUGCCCAUACUGAAUAUUCCCAUUAUGGGUCUGAGGGAGUGCUUUGACCACAGACUGUCCGAUCAGACUCACUCGUACAUUCAGUAUAAUCAGCCCAACAUUAGCUUGUUUCAGUCAGAUGGAGUCUUCUUUACAAUGUCGUAAGACAUUUGCCCCCAGAAUAAACGUGUUGUAAUUCAAAGUGUCUUGUUGUACGUUGACCACCAACAGAAUAAUAUGAGUUAGGUACCGUAUAACAUAAAACAUGAAGCUUUGAGAUAGAUUUCCAUUAAUGUCAUGCAACAUUUUACGCUUGUACAGACUUUAGUUGUAUUAUUCUAUGAAACCUUGGGCUUUAUACACUAUUACUAUAUGGACACAUCAUGCACAUGUUACAGAGAAGAGAUAAGUAUAUCAUUGGUUUCCAGUCAGCCUCAAAGGUACUAACCUUGGUAUACUGUAGUACAUAUCUUGUAAUUACUGUUUUAUUUUUCAUUCAGCACCCUGUAGCCAAUAUGAUGGGGUCAUUAUUGUAAGUGUCAUUGUGAUGUUAAAUGGUACAGUAUGUCACUGAAAAACUGCAACAAUAAAUUGCUAGAAUUUUUAUACAGUGUCUUUCUUCAAAUGUCUCUAUUCUCCAAAUGUAUGGACAGAGAUAAUAUUGUCUGUAAGAUUGCUUUGUGAUUUCCUUGUUUUGAAUAUGUCUGUAUUUACUGUAUUGGCAGAAUUGGUUCAAUACGCUCCCACCACACCCUGCAUGCCCGGUCUGUCUGGUCCAGAUGUAUCUGGAGAAGUCCAGGGCACAUUUACACCCAAAAUGACCUCCCUUCUUCUCCCUCUCAGCUCACAUAG